AUGGACUCCUCUUCAGGCUCAGAAUUUAACCUCACCGACCUCUCCCAAAACGAUAAGAAAGAACUCCAACAAUUCGUUUCAAAUGAGGCUCAAAAGGCUAAAAUCCAGUCCACCGUCCACUACCUAACCGACAUGUGCUGGAAACGCUGCGUCACCUCCAAAAUCUCUUCGGGACAGAUGGACUCCUCCGAACGCCCGUGCAUGGAAAACUGCGUCGACCGCUACAUUGACUCUCAGAUGGCAGUUCUGAAGCACCUGGAGCAGCUGAGAGGCUAG